UUCGACAUAACUGGGUAGAAGGGAAAAGCAAAAGCCCGAGCUGAGUCGAAUCGAGUCCGUGUUACUGAAUGGCAGAGAAAAGUUCCAUCAGCUCCUUUUCGAUUCCUCGGUUAGCUUAAAAAAAAGAAGCUGAGAAAACCAGGAAAAUGGAUAUUCGUUGUUUUCUUGGUUCAGUAUUCUUCAACAACUGUGAAUAUAGGAUAGUUAUCUAACUGAAAAAUGUAACAAAACAACAUACUGCAUAGUGAUACAGCCUUAUUUGCUUAUUUUCACCAAGCUUAGGUGAAAAUUUCCGAUCGUUGGAAUAUCUGUAUAUUUUUUCGUGACGUUGAACCAUUUCAACCGGAAGCCUAAUUUCGUGUCACAAGAAAAAGAGUUUCAUUACAAAAGGAUACCGAUUAGUAGAAAGGUGUUUUUUGAAGUGCACAGAAAAAAAUAAGAACGACACCAUAUUUUCCUUCGAAUGUCAGGGAGAAAAACGGAACAGCAUGAGAGAUGACCGGGAGGGAAAAGAGAGCAAGGUGCAGAACGCGCUGAAGAAAACCUCCCGACUAUCGGGGGCGAAAUCAAAUAUUUUCCUUCGAUUUUUCCAUCAUCGUUAAUGUUUUCUACUGGUGCUAUCACUGGAAGCAAAAAGUGAAGAAAGGAAAGGCUUCUUCUGCCACCGCGUUAACGCUGAAGAAGGAAAGUGAUGGUGGUGGGGUAAAGUCAACGCAUAGCAAGGGAAAUCACAAAGGAGACGGGAAAGGAUUAACAAUAAUGCGGUGGUGAAAAUUCCUUUUGCAGCAAUGGUAUUACGUUUAUGAAAAAAGUUCCAAGCAAAAGUGUAGUGCAAACAAGCUCUGAAAUUGUGUUGUCCUUUUGCACGGACAUAUUUUCACUGUCUUAGUAAAUCUGAGAUGGACGUGAACGAAAUUAAACAACGAAAUGAAAAAUGUUCUUCUGUACAGGGUUCAUCGACAGCAAUCAUCUAUAGAAAAAUGACUAAAUCGAUUGUGGAUCAAGCUAACCGUGAUGUUCGCGAAAGCAAAACGGGCUGCAUGAAAGUGAUUCGGUUCGUAUCUAGUGUGCUGUAAAAAUCCGCAAGAUAAUCGCUGCAAAAAAAUGGUGAUUCCGUGAUUACCGCAAAUUUUCAAACGGCCUAGAUAGUUCAACUGCAGGAAUUCUACCCGUUGCGACAACAUCGCAGAGCAGAAAAACCGUAUGCGACUGGGCGCUGACAUACUUCCGGAGAGCCUGGGACGCUGAUAAACUUGCCUAAUUUGGAUUGAUUCCAAUGGGCACGCUUACGUCGUCUUCGACGACAGCCACCUUCCCCGCCCCGAAAUCGAAAGUCUGCAGCACAUGUCAUGAAGAGGAACCGUCUGAGGCCCGCCCUCCAACAACGUCCGCAGUGGCGACGACCGCGUCUACCACGUCUACGAUGGAACGGAACAGCCGAACAGACGCCAGUGGGCGGUCGGCGGCACUCGAGCGAGCCUACGUACACGAUGUAUACGAGCACUGCGAGGAACCGAUUGGCCAAGUUCGACCCAAGGUGGCACAAUUCCUAGCGGGUCUCGAGCCGGGCUCGGUGGUGUGCGAUGUCGGAUGUGGCAACGGGCGUUAUCUCUCCGGGUUCAACCCAACGAUUUGUACCAUCGGUGUGGAUCGUUGCUAUCGCCUUACUAAGGUUGCCCACGGGAAGGGCUCGGAGGUGGCCAUAUGCGACAAUCUGGAGCUACCGUUUCGUGACGAAUCGUUCGACGCCGUUCUGUCGCUGGCGGUGGUCCAUCACUUUGCAACAACCGAGCGCCGUGUAGGAGCGAUACGUGAAUUGGCCCGGAUCCUGCGUAUUGGAGGUCGUGUCAUUAUCACCGUUUGGGCCCUGGAACAGCGACACCGACGAUUUGAGUCACAAGACGUGCUGGUGCCUUGGCAGCCUCCACGUUCGAAAAAUACCGCCAUUUCGGACGAAGAAGACGACGAUGACUUUCUACCACCGUAUCACGCCUAUACAGAAGAUUCGACUAACUCUAGCCGCUCGGCUGGUGACGGGGACAGUUCUAGCUUAUCUUCGUCGUCUCCCGGUGAAACUUGCUAUAGUUUCGUCAGACGUGCCAUACAAAAACUUGCUGGCAGUAAGAAGAGCCCUUGGUUCCUGGAAUCAUGGAGCUCGCGCGAGACGAAACAUGACAGUAGUCUGGACUACGAGGAUGCCAAGGAUCUUCCAAUCGAGCUAAGACGCCUGGAGGACUUCGAUGAUCUUCCGGAACCGCCGCUGUCUGCCGGUCUUAAAAGCCGGAGCUUAGGUAGUAUAUUAAAUCCACCACCAAAAACCAUAGUUAGAUCACGUUCAAGUGUACCAAGUUUAGGUGCUCAAAUACCUGAAUUGAAAGCAACGCCUGCUGAGCCAGCAGUAUCCCGAAGACCAAGACUAGUAAAACAGAAACAAUCAUUAUGUGAUGAUAUUGAUCACAAGCUGAACGAUUCGGCGGAAGCCUAUCAGGAGCACAUUUUACGAAACGAGUCGCGAAUUCAGUUGUUAAGAAAACAAAGCUCGUUGAAUGAAGAGCUCAUGGCCGAGAGUCGGUUGCGUGAGAAAGAUCGAAUCCGAAAACGAAUACAAAAACAGAUGUCUCUGAACGAGUCGUUUCUUUGUCGAUCAUUAUUCACCAAACGGUUACAGGUGAUCAAGGAAGGAUUCACGACAAAGCUAAAAACGUCCACCGGUAGUUUAGAGCGAGUGACCAAGAAUGGAUUCGUCAAGAUAAUGCAAAACAUCAAAGCUACCGCUCAAGCCCACCACAGCAACAAUUAUGCGCACAAUCGCUCGUACGACUCCUACGUUCCUGGUUAUUCGCCACAUGGGUACGAUGGCCGUCCCGGCGGGCAUCCUCUAUCCAGGAACAAUUCAAUGAAUAACCACAGUGGCUGCAGUGGCAACGGAACAGAUAAACUUGGCGGCAUGGGCUCCAGCCAGGAUGACUCGAAACCACGACGUCAUUCGCGAGAAAGUGGCUCCGAGAGUUUUCGUUCCACUUUCAUUAAACGUCAACGUUUCGCGGACUCUUCCAAGGAUAGCAGUUUACAAAGUGACACCAGCAUUGAAUCCGAAGACAGUUUUGCAUCUGUGAUCUACAUUCCGAAGCCGGACGUUCAACAACAAACCAACGGUUCUGGUGACGGUUAUUGUCCGGGAGCACCGCGUAUACCUUCCGGGCCAACAUCGCCGCUGGUAAUGCCCUGCCCGACGCCGGCACAUUCGCCAGCGCCGCCGCGCACAAUGCUGAAUUCCGUCAACGGAAAAAGUGGUGCUGGCGAACUCAGCAAAUUCACUUUUGAAGAUGCUCCACUGUUACACAAAACGAGCGAAGCCUCAGCAACGCCUUCAUCGACAUCAUCAUCAUCAUCAACGCCUGUACAAAGCUCAUCUAGUUCUAAUAACAAAUUACUUAAAUCCCCGCCUUCAACUGCUUUUGCCUGUACAAAUUCAACGACUACAACCGCCUCCAGCAGCAGUAGUAAAAAUAUAGUCUCGUCUAGCAACAGUAACAACAACGGUGACGGCAACGGCAGUAAAUCGACAACGACAGCUAAGCCACCCGUACAGAAAAUUACACGCCAACAAAUCAAAGAUUUGCCACCGAUACCGAAAUUUCGGAAAAGUGGUAACUAUCCGAUACUGCGGAGGCAGUCCUCCACGAACGUUGCGGCUCCUGUAGUGCCAAAAUUGUUAUCACUAGAGCUAUUCAACCCGGAAACAGAUGACCUCGACAGUGAUUCAAGUGAACCAUCAUCACCGGACUCGAUCGAUAGUGUGAUAAGCGCCUUGAAACCAUCAGUUUUGCCUCAACCGGCAGGCGUACAACAGUCUAGCCAACUUGUUGGAAGUUCUAUUCCUCCGUUGGUCGAAGCAGCUGCCGUCGUAGCUCAUAAAUUGGAAGACGCCGUUGAGUUGGUAAUCAGAGAAAGUGAAACUAAACCUAAACUGAUGAAUGGACUGUCGGAUUCACGCAGUAGUAUUCUUGAUCCGGAUCCUGAUGAUACAGCUUGUCGUCAACAUCUAGUAGAUUUUGCUGAAAAACUGAGCGCUCAACUACUCAAAGAACUAGAUAAUGAAAAGCACCACAACGAAGAAGGUAGCUUUGAAGAUGACGAAGACGAUGUGUUCAAUGACAGGAAGUUCAAUAACAAACAAACACUUUCACUCGCUGAUGCCCAACCGUACUUGAAAAAGUUAAAUGGAGACCUGAGAGAUCUUCACCAGCUGCGAGCGGAGCUCAGAGAGAGGAGACUUAUGCUAGCGAACCUCAGCCAUCUUGGGUGUAGUGGAUUAGGUGGGAGCAACGAUUCAUUGGGCCACAGUUACGGAUCUUCAAUGACGCCAAUUAUUCAAGAAGAAUCCGAUGAUGAAGAACUGAUUGAAUUGGAACAUGAUGACUAUGACAGCUGCAUUGGAUCGAGAGGACCCAAAACAAGUCAUGUCAAAAGCGAUGAGUUCGUAAUUAUUCCCGAGUUAGACGAGGACAUCGCAGAAAUGACAAAUGAUACAGCUUUACUGAUACAGGAAGAAGAUAGCUCGGAGGAGCAUCUUCAAAACAUUGAUAUAGAACAUCUAAACAUUAGUAACAGUAACAAUAAUAAUACGAAUGAUAGUCAUUUACCUAACAGUAGCCAUAAUUUAUCUCUCAAAACGGUUAAUCUGAGCUCUGCUCAGCUAGGUGUACAUACUGGAAACUUUAAAAGACGCGGUGAAAACGAUGGUCACUCCAGCACGGUCAACAACGGCAGUCAGUGUGUUACCAAUCAGCGAGGUUCAACCCUUGGAGCUGCCUUGGUUGGGGCGACAAAAGAAACGAGCAGUAGUAAGAAAAUGCCUAGUACGAACAAGUCAUCGAUAGAAUCUCAUGCCAGUGCGGACUCCUGGGCACACUCGAACAGUUCGGCCUCACUGGAUAGCCCAUCGGCGGGAGGCUCGGCAACCCAUCAUCGUUAUUAUCACGUAUUCCGCGAAGGUGAACUGGAUGCGCUAAUUAACCAUCAUGUGACCAGUUUGCAUAUUGUUUCGUCCUACUACGAACGGGCCUCGUGGUGUGUUGUUGCGGAAAAAGUACAAGUCUGGACGAUCUAAACGGUGUAUAGUGGAUAAGAAUGAUUUCCGAACCAUGUUAACAACCGAUUCACGGGGUUUGCAUUACUACUUACUUCACCAUUUCAGAUUCUGUAGGACAAUUCUUCUCUUCUUUCUCAUAUAAAAAGUUUAUGCAAUCGCUGUGAAAACCGACUUUAGAACCAAGGCCAUAUACUAUUUGACUCAGUUCGACGAGAUCACAAAAUGUCUGUGUGUAUGUGACAAACAAUGUCACUCAAUUUUCUCAAAGAUGGCUGAACCAAUUUUCGCAAACUCAAACUCAAAUUAAAGGUCUUAUGGUCUCAUAUCCCGAUCCGACUUCCGGAAUUCCCGGGUGAUAUGCACAACAAAAAGGAAAAAAAGUCACACACGUUUCUCAGAGAUGUCUGGAACGGUUUUCACAAACUUAGAUUCAAAUGAAAGGUCUUAUGGUCCCAUACAAUUUACCUAAAUUUCAUUUGGAUCCGAUUUCUGGUUCUGGAAUUACAAGGAAAUAUGUGCAAAUUUAUUUAAAUUAUAAUUUAAAGUUCUGAAAAUUCUUUAAAUAGCCCCCAAUAAGUUGAUCCAGAUCCGACUUCCGGUUCCGGUAUUACAGUGCGAUAAGUGAAAAUUUUCAAUUAGAUGAUUAUUUGUUCACAAGCGAUGGCGAGACGAGGUACACAUUUUCAUAAAACUUGCUGCUAAAUUCAUCUAGUUGGCAGAUUUUGUUAAUUAGUGAAUAUAUAAAACUACUUUGGGACUACUAGUCUCCGGUUUCCGCUUCCGGAAGCACCGAUAAUAGUGAAGAAAAACUAAAAAACGGAACUCACGUCGAUUUCUCAGCAACGGUUAAAUCGAUAUUCACAAAUCAUGAUUCGAAUUAAAGCUCUUAAAACAGAUCCGACUUCCGGUUCCGAAAUUAUAGGGGGAUGAGUGUCAAAACAUUCAAAUCGUCAUUCAAAAUGACGAUGCAAAACUGGUACGCGUCGGUACGUGCGGUGUUGGUCCGUUCGCACCGUGCUUUGUUCAGUUUCGUAUAGCGUGCUGGUUUGCCACAUUUAAAUAUAUAUUUUUCAGGUUAAAAAUAUAUAAAUUUGUAAAUCUUUUACUCAAUUUGUACCUACUUGUUAGUGUUAUUGCAAAAUCAUUAUAACGAUGCAUUUCUAUAAAAGAACACUUAUUGCCUUUCUCAUAUAGAAAGUUUAUACAAUCACUUGAAAAAUUAACUAGUGAAAAUCGGCCCGAAGAGCUAAGUGUUCUAUAUCAUUCAAUACAGUUCAUAGAGCUGAGCAAUGUAUGUGUGUGCAUGUGUGUGAGUACACCCAAACCUCCGUUUAUGAACACUUUUUUUACGUUACCUCUUUUUACGUAACUUUUUUUACGAACCAAAUCCCAAAUAACCUGAACUUUUUUUUACGAACCAACUUCGUAAAAAGAGGUUUCUGCACCCAAAGAAAACAAUUUCCGGCUCCAUGGAAAUCACUACAAUAUGGGUAUUUUCGGAACGGGAUUGAUGAGUAGAUGAAGGAAAACGAUGUUUGAAGUGGUUCGGAAAUCCAAGAUGGCGACUUCCGGUUUAUCGAUAUUGCUUAAAAACCCUUACAAUAUGGGUAUUUUCGGAACGGGAUUGACGAGUAGAUGACAGAAAACGAUGUUUAAAGUGGUUCGGAAAUCCAAGAUGGCGACUUCCGGUUUAUCGAUAUUGCUUAAAACCCCUUACAAUGUGGGUAUUUCCGGAACGGGAUUGACGAGUAGAUGACAGAAAACGAUGUUUGAAGUGGUUCGGAAAUCCAAGAUGGCGACUUCCGGCUUAUCGAUAUUGCUUAAAAACCCUUGCAAUAUGGGUAUUUUCGGAACGGGAUUGAUGAGUAGAUGAAGGAAAACGAUGUUUGAAGUGGUUCGGAAAUCCAAGAUGGCGACUUCCGGUUUAUCGAUAUUGCUUAAAAACCCUUACAAUAUGGGUAUUUUCGGAACGGGAUUGACGAUUAGAUGACAGAAAACGAUGUUUAAAGUGGUUCGGAAAUCCAAGAUGGCGACUUCCGGUUUAUCGAUAUUGCUUAAAAACCCUUGCAAUAUGGGUAUUUUCGGAACGGGAUUGAUGAGUAGAUGAAGGAAAACGAUGUUUGAAGUGGUUCGGAAAUCCAAGAUGGCGACUUCCGGUUUAUCGAUAUUGCUUAAAAACCCUUACAAUAUGGGUAUUUUCGGAACGGGAUUGACGAUUAGAUGACAGAAAACGAUGUUUAAAGUGGUUCGGAAAUCCAAGAUGGCGACUUCCGGUAUAUCGAUAUUGCUUAAAAACCCUUACAAUAUGGGUAUUUUCGGAACGGGAUUGACGAUUAGAUGACAGAAAACGAUGUUUAAAGUGGUUCGGAAAUCCAAGAUGGCGACUUCCGGUUUAUCGAUAUUGCUUAAAAACCCUUGCAAUAUGGGUAUUUUCGGAACGGGAUUGACGAGUAGAUGACAGAAAACGAUGUUUGAAGUGGUUCAGAAAUCCAAGAUAGCGACUUCCGGUUCUUUGAUAUUGCAUAAAAACAUUUACAAUAUGGGUAUUUUCGGGACGGGUUUGAUAAGUAUAUAGCGGGAAAUUAUGUUUGAAAGCGCUUCAAAAAUCAAAAUGGUGAGUUCAGUUGUAUCGGUAUUCUUUGACUAUCAAUACGAUAUGAUUAUAUAUCGUUUAAAAAAGUUAUGCUUCUGACAAAGGUGUUUCCUACUAAUCAUUAUUGUUUAAAUAUUGUACUAUAUUUUCGAAAUGACCAUAACAAGUAGACGUCUGAACAGCUAUAAUAAUUUUGUAUUGUUAUAGUUAUAUUGUAUGCUUUCAAUAUUUUAUUGAGCUACUGGAAGUCUCAAUCUAAUAUUUGGAAGCAACAACAAACAUUAAAAUUUGGUUUCAAUUCAAUGAUCGUGUUCUCAAUUUUUUUUUAUUUUCAGUGUUACACUUAUAAUUUCAGUUGUUUUAGUGUACGUGAUAAAGUCGAAAAAAGCACUGUUACUCUCAUCACGACACACUUGUCAAAAUCUCAUGUCAACUGACCCGUCGGAAUAUGAUUUAACAUUUUGUAAGCCAUUGAGAAAAAGGGAUAUUUUUUGGCUCAAGUGGUAAGAGUCAAUUAGACAACCACAUGACACUGAAUUUCUAGAAUUUAUGAGCAAUUUCAGAAAUAAAUAGCAGAUAAACUGACAGGAUCGACUUUCUCCGAAUAGGAUGAAACAAUAUACACCUCUUCAGUAUGACAAUCUCUUCUUCCUUAUACAGGGAACCUUUCGACUCAAUAUUAAUUUUUAGAAUGUCGAAAUUUAAAACCGUAACUAACCAUUUCAAACAUCGUUUUCUGUCAACUACUCUUCAAUCCCGUUCCGAAAAUACCCACAUUGUAAAGGUUUUUAAAGAAUAUCGACAAACCGGAAGUCGCCAUCUUGGAUUUCCGAACUACUUCAAACAUCGUUUUCCGUCAACUACUCAUCAUUUCAGGUUCGAAAAUACCCACAUUGUAAGGGUUUUUAGGAAUAUCGAUAAACCGAAAGUCGCCAUCUUGGAUUUUGAACCGACCCCAAACAUCAUUUUCUUGCACCCACUUAUCACAUCCGUUCCGAAAAUGGCCAUGUGAUUGGGGUUUCCACAUUCAUUACACAAAACUUUUUUUACGAACUACCUCUGUACGAGCCUGUGCUCGCUGUGCGUGUCUCCCGUCGUUGGGAGUCCCUUGGUUGGGCUUGACUCCAAAAUAUUAUAUGCCACGUGUUUUACGUAACAGCGAUGGCGGGCGUUCGGUCUACCUACCGAGUGAUAGCAGUAGGUCUGCUCUCUAUGAGCGUACGUUUUCAACUCCCGUUUAUUAAACCUUUAAUCAAUAUCGGUACAUGUAACUUAUUCUAGGUAUUUCAUUUCAAUAAAUUGAUUGGUAUUCAUUUGAAUAUCAUGCUUGCUCGUACAAGCUCCAAACGAACCCCCGUUUAGUUCGUAAAUGGAGGUUUCGGUGUAUAUGUCAAAUAAAGUCACUCAUAGAAUAAAAAAUCUAAUAGUCCCAUAGCAUUGAAUUUCAUCAUGCUUUCAUAGGGUAAAGUGUGUUUUAAUUUACGCACCGUCAUUUAGAACGAUGAUGCAAAAAAUGGCGAACCGAUUUCAGCUAUACUGGUUCCCAGUUCCCGGUUCCAUAAAUACCGGAAAUAAAGGUCAAAAACUCUUAAACGAGACUCACACAAUUUUCUCAGAGAUGAUUUGAUCGAUUUACACAAACUUAGUCUCAAAUAAAGGUUCCUACAGUCUCAUAGGUUGCUGUUUAUUUUAAUCCAAGUCCGACUUCCGGUUCCAGAUAGUGAUUUUUUUGAAAAUGUUAGUAAUAUGAGAAGGGCAUCAUUACACCACUAGGUGGAUAAAAAAGGUUUUUCGAUUUAGAACCAAUCAAUGAAUGAUAAUUGAUUUCAUUUAAAAACAAAUUGAUGGCAAGGCACAAAUCUCCAAAUAUCAAGGGGAACGUGCCAUUUGAGCCAAUUUGUUCUGAUUCCUGAUUCCUGAACCCAGGCGGAAAUUAACGACAACAUUUUACUGAAUAGCAGUAAUUACGAUGAUAUCAAUGAAUACUUUGGUAUUCAUCGCUUAUUAAUGUGUUUACAGCAAAUCAUUUUCCUGAAAAUUUGGUAGGUAGAGUUAAACCAUUUUCGUUUAUUGAUCAGAGCAGCCCGAAAGCUGACCCAGAGUCGCCCAAACAAUGUUUGAUAUGUUUGUUUUAGCAACCUGAGGUCGCUCUAGAUCGGACUCCAAUCGCGUAGUUUCGCUCUGAAAAUUUUCUCGGGUCGCACCACGCAUCCAGCUUAGUUUGUUUAUUUUUUCUUUUUUUCAUGAGUUGUUGUUUAGGGCGCGUACCACGUGUUCGUUUUACUCGGAGUCAGAGUAGCCCGCGUCUAGGUUCAAAAACAAAAACGGUAUUACUCUACCGGGUUGGCGGUUCAAUGCAUAGGACGCUGAUCUUACAAGCCAGUUGUCGUAUGUUCGAGCUCCGACCUGGAAGGGUUCUUAGUGUCAGUAGGAUCCAUAGUACUAGCCAUGCAAUGAUUCUGUACACUAAGAAUCGGCUGCGAAGUCUGUUGAAACAGAAAGGCCAAAUUCCACAAAAGGAAUGUAAUGCCAAGACUUUGCUUUGCUAGAGUUACUCUACGAACUGCUUUCACUUUUUAAAAGUUGUAUUAGUUAAGCUUGAAACUUUGCUAGGAAAUGAAGCAAGAUCUAAUUUUUUCUGCUUCAUUUUUAUAACAAUUACAAAAAAAUAAAUUACACCGUUAUCAGUGAACUAACUUAUCUAAAUCUGUAUCACGUUUUGAAUCUUAUAGUUUUUAUCACAGACGCCGGCCCGUGUGAAUUUUUUCUAGCUACCUGUUUUGGUGAAGUACAUAGUGAUAAUCAAAUAGUUCGUUUGAUAACUCCGAAACAUCUAUAACAUAAAAUGGCCACAGAAAACAUGUUUCGGAAAACAUAUGCAGAGUUGACCUACUAGCAAUUAGCUUCGACUUGUCCAAUGCUGUGUCAGAGCCCCCGACAAGUACGAGACUUCUUAUCUGUGACAUUAACUCGAAAGAAGUUAGUAGCAACUAAUUUGAACAAUUAAUGUAAGAAGCAACUAAUUUGAACAAUUAAUGUAAACAUUAACAAACUAGAACAAGAAAAUUACGACUAAACGAGAAAAAGGCUCUAAAACUGUAUUAUUUAUGUCUCUGUGAUUCAUAUAUUACAAUAAAAGGUAAAUAGCGAUAGGAGAAUACGAACGAAACGUAAGGUUAUUAUAACUCACAAGAACAACAGAAGUAAAAAAAAUCCAAUUAUUUUUUAUUUGAUUGAUAACGAAACGAACACAUGAGCACGACGAAUUAUACAUAAUUAGGAUUGAAUCGGGUAAAUCUAUCAUUUAUACUAAUUAGAAACUAUGUAGCAUAUGUGUCCACACUAUUUCUAAGGACACAUAUGGAAAGGCGAUAAGAAAACUUAUUGUUGAUAUUUGAGACAGGACAUUUUUGAAAGCUAACAUACACAUGCGGAAAAGUGAUAUAAAAUACUAUACUAUUUAAAGAAUGCCAUAACUCUUUGAGCAGAACAAAUUGCGAAUAGGUUUAUUUAUUGUUUCGUUUACUGCAGAACGGUUCCUAUUAGGUAACUUUUAUUUACACUAUUCUAAUCGUGCAGAGCCCUUACACAAAAAUACAGUAAUAACAUUUCUAGCUAGUAACAUUACUACAUUGUAUGAGGAAUUCAUCAUCACUGCUCUCAGUCUUACCCGUGUUGAUGGGUCAAUACAUAGGACGCAGGUCUUACAAACCAGUUGUCGUAUGUUCGAGCACCGAUCUGAAAGUAUUCUUAGUGACAGUCGAAUCGUAGCACCAGCCAAUGAAUCGGCAGCGAAGUCUGUUGAAACAGUAGGUCAAAGUGUACAAAAGGAAUGUUAUACCAAGGCUAUCGAUAAAAAUUAAAUUACUUCCUAGUAAUGACAUUACUGUCUUUCGUGUAAGAGCUCUCACUCAAACAUAUAUACACAAGUUGUUUACAAAGAGUUUGGGUACCGUUUCUUUUGUAUUGUAUGCGUCGUUCAAUCAAUCAAUCUGACUAUAUUUUACAGCCACCUCUAUUUAUUAAACAUAAAACUUAAUACAGUAAGUGCACCAGCUAUGGUUUUACUAAGCAUAGUAUCGUUCACAUUUGAAUAAAUUUCAUAUGAUUUUCUUGGAUGAUCAUAAAUUUAUAAAAAAUAAUAAUGUAAAUUUUUAUCAUGAUUAAUAUAAAAAUUCCUUUUAACGAUAUCUUUUCUAUUUUCAUCAAGUAAAUUUUUCAUCAACUUAGUUGACCUAACAAUGCUCAAUUAGAAACAGAAGCAGGGCAAUUCGAGAUGUGAUUUUCCGCCAUCUCCGUUGUGGCCCUACUGAAAGAGCAGUUCUAUGCAGUGCAGGUAGUUUGCAAAUUUCAGUCCUUCUUCGAAAGGAUACUUUUUAAGAAGGUUCAUUGUUGCUUUUGCAUAAAUCCAUCGUUUCAAAAUUUUAAUUACAUGAAAGUUACCAAAAACUUUCAUAUUUCAGAAGCCGUAAAACACAAAGAACUGACUUUUAUUUAAGUAUACUCGAAUGUAUGAAAUUUUAUAGUAUAGAAUCAAUCUGUUACUCAAACUAACAGAAAGCGAAAAAAUCCACAUAUUGGUUACAAUCCGAGCUUAUCAUUCAUAGAAGUAAUAACUAGGACGUGAAAAGCAUAUUAGUUUUAAAUAUUUAGUCACAUAAUUGAAAACACAUGACCACUCAAUGGAUUCCUAAUUAAACUUCCAUUCUAAUUAGUGGUUUCACAGUCCAUCAAACCAACACCAACAUUACUAUUUUUGCGAAAUUUGAAAGAAUCAAUAUGGAACCGAUUUGCCGGAUUUAGUUUAUAGCAUGUAGAAUGCCUGCAAAACCGGCGUGAAUUUUCAAAAAUCUGCAGCUGAAAAAAUGUGACUUUCAUAAUUUGCAAACAAAUUCACAAAUUCUUAUAAAAUUUUACUAUUUUAAAGGAUUAAGAAGAUUUUUUUGAAUCUGCACAUUUAGAAAAAAUCAUGUUGAUUUACGUCUUCUGAGAUUGACACGGGGUUCAUUUUUCCAGUUGCUUUAACACAUGUUUCAUUAACACAUGAUAUUUUUUCAAAUUUUGAAAUAGUUCUACACGCCUGAGUGAAAGACUGGGUAUGUUUGACAUUCAUUUAUGUCAUUUGACAAAUUUCGUAUAACUUGAGCCAAUUAGUUCUGAAGUUUGACGUUUACAUUGUGUGUUGCCAGAGUAAAACAGUCGAGAAGAUAGCAAAAAAAAUGGAACAAUCGACUAAAACUUUGACUGUAAAACCGGAUGAAAACGUCGGUUUUGGAAGAACCGGCUAAGUUUUUAUCUGGUUCUAACAUUCGAGUUGUUUUUUGUUCGGAUCGUGCACAAAAAGAUGUUUUAAAACGAUUUCACGGGGUUUUAUCCGAUUUUUGCAUUCAAAAAUACAUAAAUGGGUUUCCCAAAAAAUAACAAUUUUCAGAUUUUCGCAUUCAUGUAAAAAACCGUAAUGACAGUCACAAAAUCACACGAAUAAUACUGAGCACGCUGAAUAGUCUCCGUGUGAUAGUCGAGUUUUCUUUGUCCAGUCAGAGUUACGGCCAAUAAUACUUGGAAUUCAGUAGACAGUUUGACAUUUUCUAACCUUUUGUCUAAACGUGAUUGUGCUGUGUUCACAGCACCUGACUUGUUUAAGUAUAGGUCAAGAACGAAUCUUGUUCUUCAUCCAGAUAGUUGACAGUGGUAGAGCAUGUCACACUUCAGUAUCUACCUAGUAAAUGAGCCUGCUCUAAUACCAUUUCGUCACAGUAAACACCAGCACAACCAUCCAAAGGAGACCCGUAUCUUGUAUCUGCCUCUUGAUUUUCAGAACCUAUACUUCGGCUCGGCUAUAAAAUAUUUCCGCCUUCGGUUCCAAAAGCUCCAAAAAUUGCACAAAGCAACUCUCAUCGAAUUCUUAUCGAUGUCCACAAACAUUAACUCAAAUGACAGAACUUCUGGUUCCGGAAACACAACCGGUCAUUUGAAGGGCGGAAUUUUAUUCCGAAUUAAUCUUUUUCGUAGAACUUGUUCAUUGAUGGUUUUAUAAACCAACUUCGGCUAUACCAGCAUCCGAUGCCGGCUAUACCAGCUUCGAAAGCACCAAAAACUACAAAAUGAAAUUUGUAUCAAUUUCUCAGAGAGAGACCUCAAACUAAAUAAGGUCCACCUCAUGUGACCUACGAUCUGCUUUCAAAACUAUUUCAAAUUGGAGAUUUUGUAAAUUUAUUCCUAAACAAACUUCCUUGCUACUGAAGUUGAAAAAAAGUAUUCGACAGUAAUGCAGAAAGGCACUAAAAAGUAGAUUAUAACAAGGUUUUAUUUUCAUAUUAUUCAGUAUAAUGUACAAAAGUGCUGUGAGCCAUAUUAUUCAAACAAAGUAGAGUCUUGAUGUUCCAUUUCUUUACAGGGAUUUGAAUUUUUCUGUUUCAACAGACAUCGAUUUUAGCGUACAACACGAUUGUCACUUAAAAUCCUUCCAUGUUCAGGAUUCAACAUAGAAACGGCAGAAUGCACAAUUCAACUUCUAAGAAUUUUUAAAUGCAAGAACCAGAUAAAAACACUGAGUGCAGAAAAUAGAUACGGAUUUUGCAAUACAAAUAUUGCGCAUUUUAUAUUUGAUUAAACUCUUGCGAAAAAAUAUUUGCUCAGUCCGUUUCCCUCAGUAAACAUAUUAUUGACACGCAGUUUUUCAAAGAUUUCAUUUAUUAUCAAAUGUUAAAUGGACAUUUUUGAUAUUUGCGUACCUUUCGCGAACCCGAAUUUUAUUUGGCCAUGCCUUUGAUUUUAAUUUGGCAUUCCUUAUGUAAACGCCAUUUGGCUUUUGUACUAAUACCUAAGGUUGCUUUCAGAGUAAGCACAAAACGCGGAGCGAUUCAAUGCGAUUUACUGUUUUCGCAUCGCAUCACUCUGACAGUUUGCUUUAAUCUAAUGUAACUAGCUCACACGCGGGUCCAGACGCUUUGCGUGACGCUUUCACUUUGACAGCGACUUUGAGUUGAUGUCAGAGUGAACGAGUAACGCUAAGCGUCAUGACGCGCGUGCGAGAUAGUUCCAUUUGAUCAAAGCAAACCUGUCAGAGUAAAUGCGAUGCGAAAACAGUAAAUCGCAUUGAAUCGCUCCGCGUUUUGUGCUUACUCUGAAAGCAACCUUAUGUUGAUGUCAGAGUGAAUGCGUCACGCGAUGCGUUGAGGCGCGCGUGCGAGUUAGUUGCAUUUUAUCAAAGCAAACCUGUCAGAGUGAAUGCGAUGCGAAAACAGUAAAUCACAUUGAAUCGCUCCGCGUUCCGCACUCACUCUGACAUCAAUCUUAGGUUGAUGUCAGAGUGAAAGCGUCACGCGAAGCGUCAAGACGCGCGUGCGAGCUAGUUGUAUUUGAUCAAAGCAAACCUGUCAGAGUGAAUGCAAUGCGUUAUCAGUGCAUCGCAUUGAAUCGCUCCGCGUUUUGUGCUUACUCUGACAGCAGCCUUAGGUUGAUGUCAGAGUGAAAGCGUCACACGAUGCGUCGAGGCGCGCGUGCGAGCUAGUUGCAUUUGAUCAAAGCAAACCUGUCAGAAUGAAUGCAAUGCGAAAACAGUACAUCGCAUUUACCCCGUUUACACUUCUGCUGGCUACCAGCAUGCUCGUGCCAGUGUACUGCCCUCUUAGGAAAAAAAACUUUCAACGGUGGUCCUUCGCUGGUCUAAUACGUGGGAUCAUUGGACCACAGUUGUUGUUUUUUUGCAGGAAUUGAACAGAGCUCUUUGAAUGCAAUCAAAGAACGCAGCAAACCAUGCGUUCGCAACUGCGGCCGGUAAAUAAAAAUUUAAGUACAAGAAUCAGAUAAAAAUAAUUUGUUACUGUUACGGCUUUUGCAUUCAAAGUUUUUCUGUCCGAUUUUUACAAACAAAUAAUGAAAACGAUUUUUGCUUUGCAAACUCCUUGUCUGACUUUAUACGUACUCUUAUAUGGAAAUCGCGAGUUUUAGUCGCAAUAAUUUUCAUCGUCUUUCCAACUUACCCAAGUAAUUGAGCAACUAAAGUUGUUGAUAAAAGGAACCGAAUCAUAAUCAAUAGGACCAAUCACGACGUGAUCGUUCCUGGGUGCACUUACAAAAUCUGUCAAAUUUGAAUGUUACGAUCGAAUGUCAGUCACAAAUUGCAAAAUUAAUUUCGAUGCGAUUCGGUUACCCAAACUCUAACUAGACACAAAACUAACUAUAUUUUACAUUUCUCAAAAACAAUUCUACACCAACGAAGAAUACAAUGAUGAUAUCAAUAUGACUACUCUUUUACAUAUUCCACCAAUUUUAAACACACUCUAGAUUUUUUUUAGAGAAGCUGAGUUCGUUAUGCUUUUCUAUUGUUACAAUUCUUCCAACACUAUUGCUAAUUUUUGUUUUUCUACUUAGACCGUAUCCGAGUGGCAAAAAAGAGAACACAACAAUUUUACUAAACUACUUUGAAGCCACUUAUUAAUUCAACAGAAUCAUAAUGAGCUUACAUCAUAUGGAAAAAAUGUUUGGUUAACGAAUCGAGAUUAUGUUCAUUUAAUAAAUUGUGUAGGUCUCACCAUUCUAAUAGGUAAAUGCAUCUCGUUUCGGAAAAUAAUUGUAAAUAUCUCUUUCACUUACUAUUCAAGCGUAAAUCGAGGAACACACAUAACAAAUCUCCAUUUGGAUAGAUUUUCCUUAUGUUUGCCGAAUCCGCUCUCUUCAUCUCCCGCUAUUUUGUCGACCAUACUACUCUUUCAAACCUAUGAAAUAAUUAACUAACUUAAUCAUAAGAUACAAUAAUAAAACGAACUACCAAACAACAAGAAACAUAAACAAAUCAGUUGAAACAAAUGCACACAGAUAAAUAAACUUAGACAAUGACAACAUCAAACAACAUAGUGAUCGCAGCUAGAACAAUUAAGAAAACAACAAACAAACAUUCAUAUCAGAAUAUAAUCGAAAUCAGUUCUGUAUUCAAACAAUAGGUUAAAACAGUCUUCAAGAUACAUGUAAUUUUAGAAGUAUUUUCCAAGUGUCAAACUGUUUCAAUGUGCAUUUUUCAUGUCAUCAGCCAGGUUAAACUGACAGUUAGCGCGUCAGCCUGCCGAAACUUCACAUUGAAUGUUCCAUAGUAUGCAAAGUUCCCCUAAUGGAAAGUUUUACAUGAUCAAUGUUUAAAUGCGAGUGUAAAAUUUCAUUUCCCUUGUACGUUAUCGCCAUUUCAGCGAGAAACGAAAAAUUACAACGCAACAUUUUCAACUACAAGCCUUGAACAGUCGAACCAUGAUCCGUACAGGUUUGAUAUUGUUACCUCUCUCUUGAUCAUCUGGCACAAAAUGUGAACACACUUUUAGGUGAAACCAGAAUAACUAUCAGUAUUUUCUCGGGUAUUUUUCAUUAACUAAUACAAACGGAUACGCUACGCAAUCAUAUUAUUUUGAGCUGAACAAAAGAAUAUACCACAAAAAAAGGGAUGAUACAUUUUAUAUACAAAACUUCGAAUACUUCAACAUACCAC